AUGGAGUCCCACUUUGAUUUGGGUGAUUACCAUGAUUACGAGUUUCUGGACGAACAUCUGGAUGGUAAGGAUCCCAUUGAGGUGACUUCUCACUAUUCGGUUACCACAUUGCCACAAUUUCAGUUAGUGUUGAACAAACUUUCAUUACAAACCGACCGCAUUGCUUUAAGUAAUUUCAUUUUGGGUGUCCAGAAGUUGUUUGAGGAGUCCAUGGAAGCAUUACAAGAGAUUAUCACAUGGUACUUCCCCUUUCCUUGGGGAGAUAUCAACAACCAGGACGAGUUAGCCGAGCCGUUACAAAACGUUUGCCCAACAGACAUAAAGGUAUUGUUUCGGGAAAUCACCCAGGUGAAUGAAAAGCUUGAUCAGGAUUUGGAGAUACUCAAGCGGAAGUACCCAGAACCCUGGAAUGACUUGACCAGUGACAACUACGUACUGCACACCGCAAAGCUCUUGAAGGAACGACACGCUGUGAAGGCCAAUCACACCUGCAGGGUAAAAGAGUUCUUGCACAAGUGCCCAACACUUAGUCGACAAAACGCUGAAAAGCUCGAAGACGACCUUGACAUGUUGGACUUGAGGUUUGAUGAAAUCUACGAGAAAUUGGAUGAGGCAUUUCAAAAACUAGUCGAGGACUUGAUCCGAGAAUCAAAUAUUACGAGAUCUAUAGCGCUGGAAGCACUUGCAGCCGUCUAUGAGCCGCCUAUCAACAACUCGUGA